UUUCAUCCAUCUGGUCAAGCAUUUGCAAGUGCAUCGGAUGAUAAAACGGCAAGAAUUUACGAUAUAAGAAGUGAUCAACAAUUGGCACUUUUUGAAGAACCCAAAAAAACAAGCGGAUUUUCAAGUUGCGGUUUGAGCCUUUCCGGAAGAUUUAUUUUCGCCGGGGGUGACGAUAACAACAUUCACAUGUGGGAUGCAUUGAAAAAUCAACAUCGUGGACAUUUAUCCGGACACGAAAGUAGAAUAACUUCUUUAUCGGUAUCAACCAAUGGUAUGUCCAUCGUAUCAUCAUCUUGGGAUCAAAAUUGUCGCGUUUGGGCUUGA